AUUGCCUACAAAGGUUUAUAAUCGGUGUAUUUAGUGGACGUUAUCAAAGCGCCUUCUUUUAAAGUUUUUAAUUUUAUUUCCGCUCGAUUGUAUCACGCAUGAGUACUAGACAUGAUUUAAGCAGUGCGCAGAAUGUUAUAAACCUAAUAAAGAGAAGGACGGAAUAAUAAAUGUUUAUCUGUUCCAGUAAGAUGAAUAGUUUACAUAGGCUUUACUUAUUCGUUUUACCAUAGAGGUACGGAAGGAAAAGGAGAGAAGUGUUAGCCAAUGAAAAUAGCGCACAUACGGAAGAAAACGAAUUUCCUAGAAAAGUAUGGCCACAGCUGACCCAAGUGAUCUGAUCGAUACAAUUGACAGCUAUGAUGGGCAGCAACAGAGAGUGUCAACCGACAAUAAUAAAGAAGACCUUCAAAGUGAUGAAGUGCCGGGACGCCAACCUGCGAGUUGCUCAGAGGAAGAAGUUUCCUAUGUGCCAGGAAGACGUGAGUCACAAACAGUCCCUGCAACUGCUUCUCUGAACUAUAGUGAAAUAAACAUCGAGCCACAAGUAUGCAACAAGAAAAUGACAUCAUACAUGAAAUUAUUAAAGGAAAAGGGCUCUGAUGCAGUAAAACAGGAACUUCAAAAGGAUUUGAAUAUAUGGAAAGACUUGAAUUUAUUAAUUGCUGUUGUCGGAGAAAGUGGGUCAGGAAAAUCAGCUUUAAUAAAUGCCUUUCUUAAUCUAACUGCGGACGACGAAGGCAGCGCUCCUGUUGGCACAACAGAAACAACGGGCACGAUCAAAAGUUACAUAAACCCGAAACAUCCAAAUCUUGCCUUCUGGGAUUUUCCAGGCAUAGGAACACCAAAAUAUAAAAAAAACAUUAUUUUGAUCGACUAGAAAGAGUGUCAGGAAAGAAAUUGUCAGACUUUGAGUUUUUUCUUAUCACUUCUUGUGGGCGGUUAAGAGAGAAUGAUCUUUGGUUUGCCAAACACAUACAACAACUAAACAAAAAGUUCUUCUUUUGCCGAACACACACAGACAGUGAUGUUUCGGAUGACAAAAGAACUCAUCCAAGAACACAUAAUAAAGAAAAGAUGCUUAAAACAAUUAAAAAUGAUAUUUUGGAUCAAUUGUCUGAAAAACAAAUCGAAACAAAAGAAGAACACAUAUUUUUAGUGGAUUGCCUCGAUAAAAAUAGUUUUGACUUUAAAAAAUUGAUGCAUACAUUGAUAACGAAUGCAUCCACUUUAAAAAGAGACACUAUGAUAUUGUCUUUGUCCUGCGAUUCUAAUACAGUUAUUGAAGAAAAGGUGAAAGUUCUAAAAGAAAGAAUUUAUUAUGCAGCAUUGCUAGCAUCACUUGGAAAUUUUGUACCCAUAGGGGGAACUAGCCUGCUUAUCAAUGCAGCUUGUUUGUUACGUGAAGCAAAUUUCUAUUGCGAACAACUUGACAUUGACGACAACAGCAUAACCGAGAUCUGUUCAAAUCUAAACAUUGAAAAAAGUAUUUUCCAGAGUAAAACGGACUUGAAGACACCAUUGAUAGUGUCAUCAACAGAAGGGUUAGUUGAAUUCCUAUCCCUCUUGUCGAGGUCUGGGAAAUUUGACACUGACGCAAAAUCCGAGUAUUCGUUUAUAGAUAGCUUUAUUUUAAGUGCAGUAAAUUACUCUUUGUGCGUGUUAUGCUUGAAUAAGAUUCUCGAAACGUGUGAAUCUGACGCCCACAAAACUCAUGCAGUAUUUCUUGACUGGCUUAAAAGGAAAGCAAAACAAGACUCGAUUUCGUAGCAAGAAUAUCUAAUUGCUGUUUCGAUUGGCUUCUUUUUCGUAUACAAAUCAUAGUGUGUGAGUCAAGGUCACUGAGUGAAUUCAUAUAUAUAUAUAACUUGAAACUGGUUCGUUUAUAUAUUGAGAUCUUAAAAAUUAUCAUUAUCCUUGAAAAAUAUUCGCAAUGCUUAUACGAAAAGUCCUCACAUAAUAACUCGUGGCGUGAUCGAGUGUGUUUAAUUAUGUUGAAACACAGCUCUUGACUUCGGCAGCAAGUUUGUAUAUUUGUCUUUAAAGGAUAAUGGAUACAGAAGCAAAUAUAAAUGAGCGCUAGCGGGUUCAUAGAGGGCGAGGGGUCACAAUACCAUCAAGCGUUCAGGCGUUCCUCGAAUGGCAAAUUGUAAAUAGGUCCUAGUUUAGGUAUCCACAGUUAUUUAAAGGAACCUUAACUUAUUUUUGCAUGAUUUGGACAUCAUUAACAGCAUCUGGUGAAAUUAGACACGUGGAAACGAACAUCUUACAAUUCUGAAAAUAAUUUGUUGUUCCCCAAUGUUCACCAAUAUAUACUUGCCUUAAACCGUUUUGGCAGUUCAUGACAUGAUGACUGGGAAACAUAGAUAAAAGCCGCACGUGAAGUAGAAUACUGUUAUGCGUAUGUUGCUUCACAACAAAAGUGAUUGAUGCAGUAUUGAAAUUUGCCGAUUCAAAACAAUUAUUAAGUGUUUGGAAAUAUACCAAACGACGGAAAGGGACAUAAGCUGAACAGCUUGUUUACCACAAUACAAUGCAUAACAUUAUAUAUGCAUAUUUAUUUUUUGUACGUUCCAUGAUAUAAUACUGAAUAAAUACUGUUUAAACUAA